UUGAAGCCGGGACGUGUUUGGAUGUUCACGGCCGGCCGUAAAUUGUUACGCGGUGAAAUCUGAAACUGUUCGAUGUCGGAAGAGAUUUGAGUGUUGACACAAAUAUCUCAAUUAGUUCGUGUUUUGUUUUGUGGGUUGGUGAAAGAUCUGUGAAAAGUUUGGGAAAUGCUGUGGAGGUUUUUACGUUAAUGCAAAGUACCUCUGGUGACUCGAGUCUUCGUCACAGAUGUAAUUAAAACGAUAAGACUGCUCAUCUCUCCACAAUUUCUUUUGGACGUUCUAAUGUUGUCGUCAAAAGUGGAUGGCGUGAUAGCCAAGAGAUUGCGUAGAGAUGAGCUGGAUCCAUAAAGUGGAAUUGUACAACUGCAAGAUGCUCCUGACGGUCUAUUGCGCGAUGCUUCUGUGGAGGAUAGACGGCGUUGUUGAAAGCACUAAAGUAGUGAAAAGCAGUAUGCGGUAUCAGACGACGUCACCCCUUAGCAAGGUGGGCCCAACAGCGUCUCUACGCGAUACAGAACCAAAUUUCGAUGGUCCAAUCGAGAACGUCACCGUGGCUCUUGGCAGAGAGGCAGUGCUUACUUGUUCUGUGUCUGACAUUGGGGACUAUAAGGUGGCGUGGAUUAGAGCUGACGACCAGACAAUUCUAACACUCCACACACGGCUGGUGACCCACAGUACCCGGUACGCGGUCACCAACGACUCGCCGGGGUCAUGGCAGCUUCACAUCCGGCCGCUGAAGGUGGAGGACCGAGGAUGUUACAUGUGCCAGAUCAACACCAGCACUAUGAAGAAACAAAUUGGCUGUGUUGAUGUAUUGGUUCCACCGAAUAUAGUCGACGAGGGAACUAGCGGAGAUAUAGUUGCAAGAGAAGGAACCGACGUCAGCGUCACGUGUAAGGCAGAUGGUAGACCAUUACCACGCAUUCUUUGGAGAAGAGAAGAUGGCACUAAUAUACUGUUGAGGAAUGAAGAUGGCGAACUUCAUAAAGUUGAUAUGUACACGGGUCCAUUGCUGAACCUCACAAAGGUGGAACGUCGACAGAUGGGUGCAUACUUGUGUAUAGCGUCCAACGAUGUGCCACCUUCGGUUAGCAAGAGGAUAAUGCUGAGUGUAAAUUUUGGUCCUUCAAUAAUGAUAGCGACGAAGGUGAUCGGAGUUCCUACAGGAUCACAAACUAAAAUGGAGUGCCUUGUAGAAGCUUAUCCACCAGCUAUCAACUAUUGGCUGAAGAGUGGAGAGGAAAUGAUACUCUCUGGGGGAAAACACGAAAUCAGCGAAGUCCGCGUGUCUUCAUACCAGAUACGGACAAUUCUCACUGUAACAGAGUUCAGUAGCGAAGACACUGGCACAUACACUUGUAUCGCCACAAACACCAUUGGCAAAGCUGAAGGGACUUUAAGAUUGUAUGAAAUUAAAAUAACCACAACAACAACUACGACUACAACAACGACGACAACAACAACAACAACGACAACCACGCCGUCUACAACAACCACGGAGUUUACGACACCACAUCAUUACGUGGUGGCGUUACAACCAGCGGAGCAAAAAUUUUACACACCCGAUGUGACGACAUAUGAUACAAUGCAGAACGUGAUAGAGCAGUCUGUCCUCGACAACAACUGGCAACCAACUGCGGAAUCGAAGAGUGUUACUUACCAUCAAGCUUUUCCUCUCCCCACCCUAGCAAUAAUAUCCAUGUUACCACAUCUCAUGUACUAUAUUAGCCACUUUCUAAUGCUUACUCUCACGACUAAACAUAGUCGUAAACCAAUAAUAAGAGGUGAAAGAUGAUAAGUUUAGGAUUAUAAGAUAUGUGUCAAUUUAAUGUUUUACAUUGAAUAGUGUUAUUUAAUUAUUUUGUAAAUUAAGUAAAAUAAUAUAGAAUUGCUCACUGUAGACCAUUAUCAAUUUUGGAUCCUAAAAACAAAAAAAUACAUACUGCUUAUAUAUAAUAAUAUAUGCAAAAUAUUUGACAGAAAUGUAAAGAAUUGAAUAAGCUAUAUAAUAAGCAGAAUGUAAAUUUUUAUCAGUAAGAAUCUUUGUAUGUAAAAUUUAAAUAAAAAUGAUUGGAAAACUGUACACAUACGUCCAAUAAAAUCUUAAAUGCAUUAAAUUACAGGAAGUAAUUUUUUUCUAAUACGUCAUGACCAUGCAAG